AUGUUAACACCAACAUUGGAAGUUAAAAAGAAGAAGAUUAUUGAAAUGAUUAAAACUAAACUAACUCAAUAUAACAGGAAGAGAAAACGUGUUAGCAAGGAGGGAAAAGAAGAAAAAGAGGAGGUGAAUAGUGUCAAUUCGAAAUUGAAUGAAGGCAAUUUGGAAGUGACGAACUAUCAAAAAGGUCAUGAUUUCGAAAUUUUACUUCGUAAAAUCUUUAAUGAUGCUGGGUUUAUAGUACAAAAGAUUCAAGUUACUGAAGGUGACGGAGGUUUAGAUAUGAUAGUUUCUUAUCAAACCAACCAAAUUUGUAUCCAAUCUAAAGAUACAGAAAAUCCACUAAUUUUAAAAUAUGUCAAGGACUUAGA